AUUCGGAUUUCGCUCCGAAUAAUAUUUAGGAGCGAUUUGUAAUUUACAGAUAUUUUGUUAGACUUAUUUCUCAAGCACUAUCGAUGACCGAAAGAUGGCGACCCGGCACCGGAAUGUGGCGUCCUCAACGCACAGUCGGCGGAUAUAAAUCCUUGCAUUGCGGAUUUAGUCGACAUUUUGUCGGAAUAGAUCCGUCCUUCGCGGAUAAAAAUCGAUAAUCAUCGGUGGUACAUUCGAAACGAGCGUUGAAUUAAUAAUCACGAGUCGUCGGCAGAAGAAAUAUGCUGCUGUAAUAAGCAAACUAGAUUGCUGCUCAUGGACUGAGAUCGUGUACUCUACUAUGUAAACUGAGGGAAGAUGAUUCGAGAGAUCAUUUACAUAUGAGGUAUUCUCAUCGAUUGUCAGCCGUGUAAAAAACAGUUCGCGCUGCGGCUGACUUCACGCAGCAACCUGUCGCUACCUUCACAUCUUCGUUCCCACGUUCGCACGCAUCACGUCGUCUUCCCCGUUGUCGUCAAUUAUUUCGCGCAUUUCGUCAAGUUAAAAAGUGAAAGUAACACGCCGAAGGUGCGUGUGUCGCGCGCGACAAUUCGAGCAAAACGUUUCGUUGAUUUAACUAUAGAUUGCAUGGAAAAAUCAAUUCUGUUCUAACGCGCGCGACUUUACUCCGCGACUCGGAUCCAUCAUGGCGGAUGUGUUUUCGCGUUGCGAGUCGAGCGUUUGAAAAUACCGAGAGUCGGAACACGAUCAUCACGAGUGUGACAUGAGAUCGGCCUGAUAAUCGAAGUAUGCGGACAUCGAGGCUCGAGGAUUCCAGGAAGAAUGCUGCCGGAAGGUGCCGAGGAGCGCCGAUGGUAGCAUUGCGAUACACAGUGUGAUUCACGCGUCGUGUCGGGAGUGCCGUGUAAAGUUUCGCGUGUCGUGUAAAGUGUCGGGCGAUCGUAAUUAUUCGUGUUUUCGCGAGUGUCAUCAGUGCUAUAAAGGACCAAGAGAGGAGGAGGAGGCCUGGGGAGGCAUCUGGCGACAGCGGAGCAACUGUAAGAUCAAUUUGCUGUGUGCUACAACUCCCGUUUUGUACGUCUCGGGUCGUAUCAAGAAGAUUAUGCAGACGGACGAGGAAGUCGGGAAGGUCGCCCAGGCGGUGCCGAUCAUAAUCUCUAGAACCCUAGAACUAUUUGUACACUCGUUAUUAACGAAAACCAUGCAGAUUACGAGCGCCAAAAAUGCUAAGACCCUAAGUCCAUCUCACAUGAAACAGUGCAUCUUAUCAGAAAGCCGAUUCGACUUUCUGAAGGACUUAGUGAAGUCUCUCCCUGAUGUAUCAGGACCUGAUGAUGAGGUGCCUACAUCACCAGAAACACCAUUGCAAAUCAAUCUACCAAACACAGCCACUGUGUGUCCUACUAUAAUUCAGCAUCCUGAUCCAUUAGAAUAUCAAAAACAACUAGGAUUGCCAAUUAGCGUUGAGUCAAGUACGAAUCAUAAGAGUACAAGAGACAAUGGAUCGACUGCAGUCUCAAGUAAUUUAAAUCCCGCUAACCAAAGGGCAGUAGGAGCGCAUUCACAGGUUCCAGAAUUCCAAAUAUCUGUACCUGUGUCCUUUCAAAUUAGUCAACCAAAUUUUUAUACGGAGGUUAAUCCAAGCGCGAGUAAUCAGCCGACAUCGAAUUUUACUCACACUGCCAACAUCGACGAGGAUUAUGACACUUAAUAAUCUCUUCAUGAAAUUUAGGAAGUUAAAACUCUUGUUGGAUACGCACGAUUAACUGAAGACGGGAAAAAUGACGCGCCUGUGCAUAUAACAGAAAUAUUUUUCAUCUCAAUUGCUCAUUUGUUUAAUUAGCAUUGACUAAUCAUUUCAGAUUGAAGCAACUCGUUAUUUGCUCAUGUUUAUUUUUGUGCAAGGUUUUAA